GUCGUUCGCGGAUUCCUCCAGCUGCCUUGAUUAGUUGCAAACGGCACGUGUCCAUGGUCAGUUCGAUUGGUUGUUAGUCGGAGAAGUAAUAGGGUUGUAGAAUUGGUAUCCGGGUAUUCGCGCGCGUAUUCCGAACCUUACGUGUUUGUUCAGCAGAUUAAGCACUGUGACGAUUGGAAUAUCUCUCGUGUAUGUUUGCUAAACCUCCUCCAAGGGGGAAAUUGGUGGACGAGAAUCCGUGGAACGGGGAGGCGUGGAGUUGUUUUUACUUGACGUAGAGAGCUGAUUGCAUGCAGCCAGUCCAGCGUGUGUCCAAACACAGAUCAGAGGAUUAGCUACAAGAAAAGGAUUACCGUUAUCCGAUUGGUGCUGGUGCUUCCGCGCGUGGUUUUAAUUAAAUGGGCGUAGUGGGCGGAGAGCAGUGAGAUUGGAAUCAGCUUUGGAGGUUGAUAAAGUGUUCCCUAACGGCUUAGCUGUUCCCGGAAGUGGCCGAGCAAAGAGUGUGUGAAGAUUGGUAGUGGACCAACGGCAACAGUGUCGCCUUGGUAUGCUUUUGGGUGAUCCAAAGCCCAAACCUCGGUGCUGCGAUGAAACCGAAUGAGCUCUCAUGGGUGGUAUUUGUAAUGUGCUCGCUGGUACCUGGGAAGUGGUCACCUUUAAAGUGCAGGAUCUCGUCAGUGCUGCGAUUGCUGUUGUUGUUACUAUUAUCGCUGUUUGUAGUUUGGGCGCAAGUGGUCCCCUGUCGGGCGAAGGUGUUUUUACCACUACAAGCUUGGUGACUAGUGCCGGUGUCAUCACUGUUGCUGUUGUUGCUGCUGUUCUACGUCCAACGCCUCCACCCUGUUCAGCUGCCGGAAGUGAUGGUAGAUCCACUUAAAAUCUUCUGGGUACUCACAAACAGCACGUAUCUAGUUACCAAAUUCAUCCGUAUCGGAAUUGCCGACAAGAAUGACAAUCCACCGUACUUCGACAAGGCCCUCUACGAGGCGGAGGUUGACGAAAACGAGGACAUCCAGCACACGGUCCUCACCGUCACCGCCAAGGAUCACGAUGAGUCCUCGCGUAUUCGAUAUGAGAUCACGAGCGGUAACAUAGGCGGUGCCUUUGCAGUGAAAAAUAUGACGGGUGCCAUCUACGUCGCUGGCGCCCUGGAUUACGAGACGAGAAAGCGAUACGAGCUUCGUCUAGCCGCAUCAGAUAACCUGAAGGAAAACUACACCACCGUCGUCAUUCACGUCAAGGACGUUAACGAUAACCCACCGGUGUUCGGCCGGCCAACGUACCAAGCGCAGAUCACCGAGGAGGAUGAUCGGAAUCUGCCCAAACGCAUCCUGCAGGUUACGGCAACCGAUGGCGACAAGGACCGACCGCAGAACAUCGUGUACUUCCUGACCGGGCAGGGUAUCGAUCCGGACAACCCGGCCAACAGCAAGUUCGACAUCAAUCGAACCAGCGGGGACAUCUUUGUGCUGAAGCCGCUGGACCGGGACCAACCGAACGGACGGCCCCAGUGGCGCUUCACGGUGUUUGCCCAGGACGAGGGCGGCGAGGGACUGGUCGGCUACGCGGACGUGCAGGUCAACCUGAAGGAUAUCAACGACAACGCUCCGAUCUUCCCGCAGGGUGUGUACUUUGGCAACGUUACCGAGAACGGAACGGCCGGUAUGGUUGUGAUGACGAUGACGGCCGUCGAUUAUGACGAUCCUAAUGAGGGUACAAACGCCAAGCUGAUAUAUUCGAUCGAAAAGAACGUGAUAGAAGAGGAAACCGGAUCGCCGAUAUUCGAAAUCGAAGCGGACACCGGUGUUAUCAAAACGGCCGUAUGCUGUCUGGAUCGAGAACGAACACCGGACUACUCCAUACAAGUAGUUGCGAUGGAUGGCGGGGGGUUGAAAGGGACUGGGACGGCCUCUAUACGCGUCAAGGAUAUAAACGAUAUGCCGCCGCAGUUUACCAAGGAUGAGUGGUUCACCGAGGUGGACGAAACGGAUGGAACGAACCUGCCGGAGAUGCCCAUUCUCACGGUGACGGUUCACGACGAGGACGAAACGAACAAGUUCCAGUACAAGGUAAUUGACAACAGUGGCUACGGAGCGGACAAGUUCACCAUGGUGCGAAACAACGACGGUACGGGAAGCUUGAAGAUUGUGCAGCCACUGGAUUAUGAAGAUCAGCUGCAGAGCAAUGGGUUCAGGUUCCGAAUUCAGGUGAACGACAAAGGAGAAGACAAUGAUAAUGACAAAUACCACGUAGCAUAUUCGUGGGUGGUUGUGAAACUUAGAGAUAUUAAUGAUAACAAACCUCAAUUCGAGCGGCCGAACAUAGAAGUGUCGGUUUACGAGAACGCCGACGUGGGUAAAACGCUGGAAACGUUCAAAGCCACCGAUCCGGAUCAAGGUGGCCGCAGCAAAGUUUCCUACGCCAUUGAUCGAUCAUCCGAUCGGCAGAGACAGUUCUCAAUCAACCAGGAAGGCACAGUCACCAUCCAGCGACAGCUGGAUCGUGAAGUCACCCCAAGACAUCAGGUCAAGAUCCUCGCAAUCGAUGACGGAAUACCACCGAAAACUGCCACUGCAACACUUACCGUGAUAGUCCAAGACAUUAACGAUAACCCCCCGAAGUUCCUCAAAGACUACCGCCCGGUUCUUCCGGAACAUGUUCCUCCCCGAAAAGUCGUGGAAAUCCUUGCCACCGACGAUGACGAUCGCUCCAAGAGCAACGGACCGCCGUUCCAGUUCCGUCUGGACCCCGGUGCGGACGAUAUCAUCCGGGCUUCGUUCAAGGUCGAACAGGAUCAGAAGGGUGCCAACGGAGACGGUAUGGCGAUCGUGUCCUCGCUGCGAUCGUUCGACCGCGAGCAGCAGAAAGAGUACCUGAUUCCGAUCGUGAUCAAAGAUCACGGCAAUCCAGCCAUGACCGGUACCAGCACGCUGACGGUGGUGAUAGGCGACGUCAAUGACAAUAAGAUGCAACCCGGGGCGAAGGAGAUAUUCGUGUAUAAUUACUUGGGGCAGGCACCGGAUACGCAAAUAGGACGGGUCUACGUGUACGAUCUGGAUGACUGGGAUCUUCCGGAUAAGAAGUUCCACUGGGAGACGAACCACGAGCAUCCGAGGUUCAAGCUGGACGAGGACACCGGUAUGAUUACGAUGCGAACGGGAACGAAAGACGGGCGGUACAAUUUGCGGUUCAAGGUGUACGAUCGGAAGCAUACGCAGGCGGAUGUUCCGGCGAACGUUACGGUAACGGUGCGGGAGAUUCCUCACGAUGCGGUGAUCAAUAGUGGAUCGAUUCGGAUAGCGGGCAUAACGGACGAAGAUUUUAUACGAGUGUGGAACUAUAGGACUCAGACGGUGGCCAAGAGUAAGUUGGAUCGGUUUAAGGACAAGUUGGCCGAUUUGUUGAAUACGGAUCGGGAGAACGUGGACGUGUUUAGCGUUCAGCUGAGGAGAAAGCAUCCCCCGCUGACCGAUGUGCGGUUCUCGGCGCACGGAUCACCUUAUUACAAACCUGUGAGACUGAAUGGAAUAGUGUUGAUGCAUCGCGAGGAGAUUGAGAAGGACGUAGGUAUUAAUAUAACGAUGGUUGGAAUCGACGAGUGCUUGUACGAGAAUCAGAUGUGCGAGGGAUCGUGUACGAAUACGUUGGACAUUAGCUCGCUGCCUUAUAUGGUGAAUGCGAACAAGACAUCGCUGGUUGGGGUGAGGGUAGAUGUGUUGGCGGAGUGUACGUGCGGUGCGAGGAACUUCAGUAAGGCGGAAUCGUGCCGAUCGUCUCCGUGUUACAAUGGCGGCCGGUGUAUGGAAACGCGUUAUGGAUUGACCUGCUCGUGUCCUACGGGGUACACGGGACCACGGUGUCAGCAGACGACAAGGAGCUUCCGAGGUAACGGAUGGGCGUGGUACCCUCCGCUGGAUAUGUGCGAUGAUUCACAUUUGAGUUUUGAGUUUAUUACGCGGAAGUCGGAUGGUUUGCUGUUGUACAACGGACCGAUUGUUCCACCGGAGCGAGAUGAGCUGCUCGUUUCUGAUUUUAUUUCCGUUGAGUUGGAGAGAGGCUACCCAAGACUGCUGAUUGAUUUUGGUUCUGGCACGUUGGAGCUGAGGGUCAAGACCAAAACUACCCUGGACAAUGGCGAGUGGCACAGGUUGGACAUAUUCUGGGAUACGGAGAAUGUUCGGAUGGUUGUGGAUUACUGCAAAUCAGCGGAAGUUAACGAGAUGGAAGACGGCUCAACUCCGGAGUUCGACGAUGCGACUUGUCAGGCACGGGGGACGAUACCACCGUUUAACGAGUACUUGAAUGUCAAUGCUCCUCUGCAGAUUGGAGGAUUUUAUCGGGAGCAGUUUGAUCCAACGCACUACAGGUGGAACUACAUGCCGAUGGGUAAAGGAUUCGAUGGAUGUAUAAAGAACUUGGUGCAUAAUAGUAAACUGUACGAUUUGGCACAUCCGGGGUUGUCCAGGAACAGUGUGGCAGGUUGUCCGCAGACAGAGGAAGUGUGCAGUCAGAGUGAGCAAACCUCACGAUGCUGGGAGCAUGGCAAUUGCGUUGGCAGUUUCACGGAAGCCAGAUGCCAGUGUAGACCCGGAUGGACCGGCCCGGCUUGCAACAUUCCAACGAUACCAACGACCUUCAAACAGCAGAGUUAUGUUAAGUACGCGUUGAGCUUUGAACCGGAUAGAUUUAGCACGCUGGUUCAGCUGAGGUUCAGAACGAGAGAGCAACACGGCGAAUUGUUCCGAGUGAGCGAUCAACACAAUCGCGAGUACGGAAUUCUGGAGAUCAAGGAUGCUAGGUUGAGGUUCCGGUACAACUUGAACUCGUUGCGAACGGAAGAACGAGACAUUUGGCUGAAUGCGAUCGCGGUGGAUGAUGGACAGUGGCAUGUGGUGCGAGUGAAUCGACAUGGAUCAGCAGCAACGCUAGAGCUGGAUGGUGGUGAAGGCAGGAGGUAUAACGAAACGUUCACGUUUGAUGGACAUCAGUGGUUGCUGGUGGACAAACAGGAAGGUGUUUAUGCUGGUGGUAAAGCGGAAUACACUGGUGUGAGGACGUUUGAAGUUUAUGCCGACUACCAGAAGAGCUGUUUGGAUGACAUCAGACUUGAGGGCAAACAUUUGCCGCUUCCGCCAGCGAUGAAUGGAACGCAGUGGGGCCAGGCGACCAUGGCUCGUAAUCUCGAGCGAAAUUGUCCGUCCAACAAGCCGUGUGCCAACGUUAUCUGUCCGGAUCCAUUCGAAUGUGUGGAUCUGUGGAAUGAAUACGAGUGCACUUGUGGUGAAGGCCGGGUCAUGUCGCCCGACGGCAAAGGCUGCAUGGACCGGAACGAGUGUCUGGAUCUGCCCUGCCUGAACGGGGGCAUCUGCAUCAAUCAGGAGCCGAAGUUGCGCUACCGUUGCGACUGCCCGGACGGAUUCUGGGGCGAAAAUUGCGAACUCAUCCAGGAGGGCCAGACGCUGAAGCUGAGCAUGGGCGCACUGGCUGCCAUUCUUGUGUGUCUGCUAAUCAUAUUGAUCCUGGUCCUAGUGUUUGUGGUGUACAACCGAAGGCGUGAGUCGCACAUCAAGUACCCGGGACCGGAUGACGACGUCCGGGAGAACAUCAUCAAUUACGACGACGAGGGCGGCGGCGAGGACGACAUGACCGCCUACGACAUUACACCGCUGCAGAUUCCGAUCGGACCGAUGCCGGAGCUGACGCAGUGCAAAAUGCCACCACUAAUGUAUCCGGUCAUGACGAUGGGACCGGGCCACGAACCCAACGUGGGUAUGUUCAUCGAGGAGCACAAGAAACGGGCGGACAGCGAUCCAAAUGCGCCACCGUUCGAUGAUCUGAGGAACUAUGCGUACGAGGGCGGUGGCAGUACGGCCGGUUCGCUCAGCUCGCUACAAUCAGGUACCGACGACGAGGUGCAGGAGUUCGAUUACCUGGACGCGUGGGGUCCCCGCUUCGAUAAGCUGGCCAACAUGUACGGCGACCACCAUCCGACCGAGCUCGACGAGCUACAUUAAGCGAGGGCGUAAUGGUGAGUAAGUACGACGAGGAGGAGGAGGAGGAGGACGAGAAGUGGGUGGUAAACUAGAGUCUUGCCAUUCUUGAUGCUGCUAGUCAUACAAAGAGUCCGCGGCGGUGGUAAAUCAGUCAGUCAGAGCGCACAUGUAAUUUCCAAACCAGAAGAAUUGAACAUCAUCGAAGGAGGGAAACCGCGAGCCAUCAUCGUGUGCCGGGGUAUCUGUUGUUCCUUCGAAAGAGACUGCCUCCUUCCUACCACACCAUACAAAGAAGCAGAGGAGCAUCACACGGGAUGGUGCCAGUUCGUACGGCUGCUGGGACCGAGGCUAGGUGAUUGAAGUUAUGUUUUAAAUGCAGGUUUUCAGUUCAGUUUAUAUCUGAAUCGGUCUGACGAGGUGGGACGGGGUGGAGGUUUGUACCAUAAACGAUGAUAAACGUGGGGUGGGGAUAGCGCGCGCAACUAAAGAAAGCUAAACCAAAGUUUAAUUAUUAACGUUGAUGAGGGAUGAUUGGGGCGGGGAGCUUUACUGGUGGGAGAAUGGGAGGUGGAGCGAUGAAAUAUGAUCAAGUGAUUUUUUUUCCGCGAGAGAAAGUUCAUCAUGGAAGUUGCUGCUCCUUGCUCUGUAAUGAAGACGAUGACUUAAAAAUGCUAUGAGGGGUAGACCGCCCUGUGUGUUCCUCCUGUUAUCCUGCCGGGAAAGCUUCCUUGAACAGACCAUCCUUGUGGCAGCAUACUACAAGCGGCGGGGGAUAGAGCAGUUCGCUCGUUUUGAGCGAGAAGAUUAUUAUUAUUCCGGUGAUUCAACUAUAUACUUAUAUCAACGAGUUUUUAAUGAGUGAUGUUCUCGUUCGGGAGAUUUUUUUGGUGAAAUUUACACAUAGGGAAGAGAGAAGACAAGCUCAUAUACACUAACAGAUAUACAGAGUACUCUUGAACAGGACAGACCUACACCUACACUGAACACAAGUUACACAAAAAAAACGAACACGCAAUUAUACACAGAUGAACCGGGAUAGAAACACAUAACAAAUCUAGGGUGUAGUAAUUUAUUAGAGAUUUUCGUUAUUAUUUUUAUUCAAAUGCCGAAACACUUGAUAGCGAUGUUACAUUAUGUUACAAAUUUGAUGCCAAAAGUUUAAUGACUGAUCUAUUGGGAGCUGUCGAAUUGUCGUUAGCAACUUUACUUGACUAUGUUUAAAGGCUUCAGAAAGUUUCGUAUUACUGUCUAAUUCAAAUUAUAAUCUCAGGAAAUUCCUUGACAUCCUUCAGAGGAGUCCUCGAGAAAUUCUUCAGGGAAUUUCUUGAUUUAUUCCUUAAGGAAUUUUUUCUAAGAAAUGUUUCAGGGAAAUCUUCAGGCAAUGCAUCGGGGAAUUUCUCAGGAUAUUUCUCGGGGAUUUCUUCAGGACAUUUAUCAUGGAAUUUUUGAGAAAAUUCCUCAGGGACAUUCCUAGAAAAUUCCUCAAUAAUAUUCUCAGAGAAUUUCUCAGAAGAUUUCUCAAGAAAUUUCUCAGGGGAUUUCCUAAUUUUCCUAGGAAAAUAAAACUUAAUUGGAGAUUCCUCAUGGAAUUUCCUCAAGACCUUCAGCAGGGAUUCCUCAAGAAACUCUUUCUCAGGAAACUUCUCAGGCAAUUCCUCAGAAAAUAGUUUCAUCGAGUUUCUUGGGAAAUUCCUCAGGAACAUUCUCAGCAAAUGAUUUUCCAAUGAUAUUCUCGGGAAAUUUCUCAGAUAAUUCCUCAAGACCUUUCACUGUGAAUUCCCCAAAAAUUUGUCAAUGUACUACUCAGAGGACUGCUCGAAAUUCCUCAGGGAAUUCUUCAAAGAAUUUCUAAUGCAAUUCUUCAAGAAAUUCCUUGGGGAAUUACUUAGUUGAUCCCUUAGAUAUUUUUCAGAACGAGAUGAACCAGCCGAGGGCUGAAAAUCUCGAAAAUAAAGAAAAAUAAUAAUAUUUAUUUUUCAGAAUUUUUUUGAGUGAAUUCUUCAGGAAAUUCAAUUAAAUCCCAUUCCAAGAAAUCUCUAAGGAAUUCCUUGGGGACUUCAACAGGAAAUACAUCAACAAAAUCCUCAAGGAAAUGCGCAUGGAAUUUAUCCGACAAUUCCCCAGAGAAUUCCUCAGGGAAUUCCUGACUGAUUUUUUUUUUCGGUAUGCUUAUAGGAUUUCUCUAGGAACUCGUCAGAGAAUACAUCGCGGAAUUUCUUAAAAAAAAAUUUCAGAAAAUAGCUUGGGGAUUUGCUCAAAAAAUCCCAAGGGAAGUGUUUUUGAAAUUUCCCACGGAUUUUUUUUUUUGAGGAUUUGUGCAGGCAAUUACUUAAUGAUGUUGCUUAGAGAUAUUCGAAUUCCUUAGGGGAUUAUUUGAGAAAUUACUUAGGAAAUUCCUUAAGAAAUUCCUCAGGAAAUUCCUCAAAGAAUACCUUAGGAAACUCAUCAAAGAAUUCUUCAGGUUAUUCCUCAAGGAUUUCUUCAAAAAUUUUCUGAAGGAUUUUCUUAAAGAAUUCCUCCACAAGUAAUUUUUCAAGGAAUUUCUCGUAGAUUUUUUAGAGAAUCUCUUAGGAUUCAUCAUGGAAUUCAGAGAAUUCCUCUGGGAUUUUUUCUGGAAGUUCCUCAGUGAAUACCUCUGGGAAUCCUGCAGAGGAUUCCUCAGAGGAUUACUCAGAGGAAAUUUCUCAGAAAAUCUUUCAGGGAAUUGAGAGAUGCCGAGGGCUGAAAAUCUCCGUAAUAAAGUUUCAAUAAUAAUUUCAGGGAAUUUCUCAGUUGAUCCCCUAGAUAUUUUUCAUAUACAUUUUUUGAGAGAAUUUCUCAGGAUAUUCCUUAGGGUGUUUUAGGAAGAAUUUCUCAGGAAAUUCAAUGAAAUCCCUGUCAAGAUAUCCCCACGGAUGUCCUUGGGGACUUCAACAGGAAAUUUAUCAACAAAAUCCUCAAGGAAAUGCGCAUGGUAUUCAUCAGACAAUUCCCCAGAGACUUCCUCAUGGAAUUCUUUAGAAAAUUCCUCUAGUAAUUUACUGAAUUCUUUAGGUUUUUUAGGGAAUUUCUCAAGGAACCCGUCAGUGAAUUCAUCGUGCACUUCUUCAAAGAUUUUCUCAGCGAAUUCUUCAGAAAAUAACUCGGGGAAUUGCUCAAAAAAUUACCAAGGGAAGUCUUUAUGAAACUCCUCACGGAUUUUUUUCGAGGAUAUGUACAGGCAAUUUCUCCGUGAUAUUGAAAUAUUCGUAGAGAAUUCCUUAGGGAAUUCCUUGAGAAAUUCCUCAGGUAAUUCCACAAGGAAUACCUUAGGAAACGCAUUAAGACAUUCCUCAGGUUAUUGCCUGAAUAAUUUGACAAUUUUUCCAAGGAAUUUCUUAAAGAGUUUUUAAGGAAUCUAUUAGGAUUCAUCAGUGAGUUCGAAGAAUUCCUCUGGGAUUUUUUCAUGAAAUUCCUCAGUGAAUACCUCAGGGAACUCAUCAAAGGACUCCUCAGAGAAUUUUUCCGGAAAUUUCUCAAGAAAUCUUUGAGGGAAUUAAGAAGUGAACUACCCGAGGGCUGAAAAUCGCUAUAAUAAAGUAAUGAUAAUAAUAAUUUCUGGGAAUUCCUCAAGAACUUCCUUAAGGAUAUUUGAAGGGAAAUUAUAAGGGAAUUCCUGAAUUUAUCAGAAAAUUGCUCGGGAUAUUCCUUAGUGUUUCACGAUUAAAUCCUCAAAGAAUUCAUCAAAUAAUUCUUCAGCAUAUUCCUCAGUGAAUUUCUUAGAUAAUUAUUUUGAGAAUUCUUCAGAGAAAUCAUCAGAAAAUAGCUUGGGGCAUUUCUUUGGGGAUUCUCGAGGAAUUCCUCAAAGAGCUCCUCAGUGAAUUCAUUAUGAAGUUUUUCAAAGUGUGUGUCUAGAAUCCUAAGAAAGUUGUUUAGAAAAUUCAGCAACUUCAGGGAAUAAUGUGUAAUGGAAUUCUGUUGGUGUCUCACUCCACACGUAGUCGAGUUCUACAAUAUGUCAUCACCGAAGUUUUUACUCGCUGUAACGCAAUGUAACAUAAAUAGUUUAAUGUAAGUUUGGUUACAUUCGUUUCGUUGUUUUAAUUUGUUAAUAAUGACUCACUCAGUAUCGAAUUUUAUUUUAACCGAAACAACCACAAACACGCUGUUCCUGUUUUUUCGUCUUAAGUAAGUGAAAGUUUUUUAGUAGGAAAAACUGACUCGAAAUAUUGUUUUUAUAAAACAUCGUAAGCCUAGAAACAAACACUGAAGAUACACAGACCUAUGGAACAAGAACAAAACUAAAACAUCAAAUUGGGAGGAGCAUCACAACACUCGCUCUUACAUUUUAAAACAGCAAGUUCGAAAUCGUCAAACAUUUUUUCCAUCUAAGCGAUUUGGCAGAAAAUUAGUGUUUUGAACUCGCACAGAUUUCAGACACUGAAACAAAACGAUAACGAAAAAUAAGCUCGUAAAUUUAACGAUUAGUGUACGGGGUCACACAGAGCAACUCUAAGCUAAGUAAAUCAAAUAUACAGCACAGAAUGUGGAUUUGUGGUACUGUAAGAUCCAUUGGCCGAAAUCUACUGCGAAGUUUUAUGUAGCGCAGAUAAAUCUUAAACUGUGUGGCUAAAAAAAACAAAGAAAUUUUGACAGAAAUAAAUCGUGGCAGAACACUUGAGUGUUUUAAGGUAAAUUUAUUUAUGUCGUAAGCUAAUAUUAACGAGACAUGAUAUUGUACAUCCAAAGACUGUAAACGUUUGUUCUUAUAACAUUUUCGUUCAAUGUGAUUUAGUUUCGAAUUUUAAGAUCGAAUCGCGAAUCGAAAUGAUUCGCAAAAGUGUAAUAAAACCAGAUGUUGAAAACCAUCCUGCAGAUCCGAACAAUGAAUUCCGAAAUAUUUGGUUCACAAUCUUUGUUGUAAAUAUUGGUAGCUUGACAUCAAAACUCCGAUACCUUAGGUCCCACAUUCACACUUCCUGAUAGACAAUUCACUCACACACACACACCAACGAAGUACGGUUGCUUCGAACAACUCACAAACACUCUUUCAUUUAGAAAAAAAAACACAAAAUCGUGAAACAACUCUACGUGCGAGGUAAACGAGCAAACUGAAUAUGUAUUAUUGAAUAUUAUUAUUAUUAUCUUAGGUGAAAAGAACAAAAAACAAACGAUAUUAAUUAGUACGCUCAUUAAUCUAGGAAAGGUAUUUAAUCAAUCGCCAUUACGAAACAUAGAAAACAACGGAACACAUUUUAACCGUUUGCGACACUCAUUCACAUUUUUAUUGGUUUAUUGAGUUUCAUUUCACCAGCUGCAUUACUACGACAUUGAAACGAAACCGUUUCUGCUGUUUUACUACUUACUCACUAGAAAACAUUCACAACUACAGUUCUCAUUCCAAAAACAGUAACAAUCGCACACUCACACCUACACUCACAUAUCCCUUCUCAUUCACGCAGACUCUUAUCUCACUUCCAUAGCAGGAAACCCUAUUUCAACUAAUAAACUCAUCCCAGUAUUCAUCGAAAACUACACUCAACCAAAAACCAAAAGAAAACCGACACUGCGCGCAAUAGGGGAAUUCCGAAAUAGUUAAAUGAUGAUCCAUCUUUUUUAUCAAUAACCGAAAAAGACAACAGGAAAAAAACACUUUGUGUACAAGACGAACCUCUUCGUUAGCAAAAACACACGACGUAAGAGUACACUCGUAAGGUAAUAGAACUCAAUUCCUAAAAAAAACGAAACCAAACAGACAAACUCAAACUCAACUAAGCACACACACAAAAAAGGAUGAAAAGAUAAACAUUCACACAUUUUAGAUGCAAAUUCAAAACAAAAAAAAAUCGGAAUGAAAACUACUGAUGUUACAUUACUAGAGAAAUAAAACAAACCGAGAAACUACCAAAAUCCUAGUGUAAAUAUAGUGUUACAAUAAGUGAACGCAGAGAACGCAAACGGCUACGGCAGGAGGGUUUAAGAGAAAGAAAAUACUAAUCACGCAGAAUGGUUAAAAAAAAAACAGUUGCAUUUCAACACUACCGAGUAAUGUUUUUCUAUACCCGUCUCAAGCCGACGAUGUGUGUGCGCGGCUGGAAAACAGAAAAUAUUAUGAUAAAAGAUGUGAAAUAAAAGAAAGUACAUAAAAAAACACAGAGAACGCGGAGGAAAUAAAGGAAAAUGUUACUUAGAGAAAAAUUUUAGAACGAACUAAAACACUCACACAAACAACACACACAUCCACAUUCACACACAUUCACUUGAAAACGUGAAGAACUAAAACCUAAAACGAGUAGCUAAAGUGGGCUCACUGAAAAACACAUUCACGCGAACACAACAAAAAAAACAAAAAUGAAAUCGACGACGUUCAAUUAUGGUUUAGAACAGAGGAUAACAAAAAACAGAAAAAAAAUGCUAAAUAAAAGUACACACCUUUGGAGGGAGCACUCCGAAUGGAUGGAUGAAAUUGAA